GCAUAACCAGUCUUCUUCCAUAUGUAGCCUGUACAUAUAUAUCCCUGCUAUGCUCGAACUCGCCGUCUACUUUCCCGCCCUGUGGAUCGGCUUUCGAAGUCUGUGAUCGAGCGCAAGCAGUUUCGAGCCAAUGAAGGAACAACACGGCAUACAUCCAUGGACAGGCUUGCAUAGCGAACCUCCGUCCAUGGUCGGGUCCAGUCCAAUCCGCAAAAAUACACAUUCAGUUAUACACCAACCAGCAUACUCGGCCAUGAGUGCUCAGCCUGCCGAAGGCAGACCGCCCGAAAUAAAAAUCUCCUCGGAGCACUAGCACUCUGGCCCUCGCAUUAUAGGUGCAUAUCGUGCGCUCCACACUUUUGCGUUCCAGACUGCAGAGCCAGCACAAUUGGAGAGAGUCGCUCACCAUGGGAAACGUUAUCGCCAAGGCUAAUGACUUCGAGACGGGCUCGCCAGAGUACAACCGCUUCUUUCCUUUCGCUCUGCCGUACACGAGCAACCAUUAUCUCCAAACUGGAGGUCCUCUGGCGCUGUACAGUGCCAACUUCGUGAUUGCUGGGGAAGUACUUUUAAUGCAUGGCGUCUUCUUCGGACUCUUUGCCAUCCUACAGGGCUUCUCGGUGCGCAGAAUGAUGGACCAGCACUAUCUGUCCCUUGUUCUGGCCUUCACCUUCAUCCUCCUCCCGAUCCAUUUUCUGUUCGAUAUGAACUUGGACCAGUCGAAGUUGACCUUUUUCGUCGAGCACGUUGCGAUCGAAUACCUGAUCGGAGUGCGAGUCCUUGCACCCGCGAAAUUCGUUGCAGCUAGGUCUGGCCUUAUUCUUCUUUUGAUGUGGCUUAUGCUUGUGGCGAGCUCGGCGGUCAUUGUUGGCAACCAUGCAGCAGUGUUUGUGGUGGUCAUCGCUUUCAUAUCGGACACUAUCUUGGCUGUGUCGGGGGCGGUGUUGAUCUGGAGAUGGUCGCGAGAGAGACACUCCACGGCCGGCUUUCGUAUCACCGCAAUGGUGAACGCACCAGUGGUGGCAGUGAUUCUGUGGGGCAACUAUCACGCUCAGGCUUUCGCGAUCGAGUGGACAUCCAUCUUCAUGACGGGACUCUUGUGCCAAGGGAUGCAGGUGCCCGUGGCAGCUCUGUUCUUCCAGAAUCUAGCUUGCUGUUGCACACGUCGUCGUAAAGUAUCGCCAGGCCAAGCUGAGUGGCAAGAUGAGCCACUGCCCGACGACGACAGCAGCGUCCCAUCGACAUUGUUCAAGACGGAGAGCCCAGUUUAG